AUGCGCUUUCAUUACGGCCUCGGGGUAGGGCACGUGUAUUCUCAUCAGACAAACCCUUGCUUGACACAAGUAACCCCCGGCCCCACUACACAGACGCCGGCGCAUCCAGAAGAUGAAUAUCUAAAUAACGGAGAAAGAUACCAAGCUUCUGACAGUGAAGAGGAUGAUGUAGAUGAUGUGGAUGGCCAUGUUGGCUCGGAAGAACUUGAUUACUUUGACCAGGGGCUCAAUGCUAGCACAUGUCUCAUUCGCUCUUUUUCAUACAUCAAGAUGCAGCAGUCAAAUUCCCUCUUGUCUGUUCCGGCUGCUGACACUCCAAUUUAUGUCUAUGUGCACAGUGAAAAUAUAUGCAACCGCGUUCUUCGACUUCUUCCCCUCAGGAAUGAUGAGCCUUUCCACGGCCUCUCCAGUCGAUUCUUAUUCAUAGGGUAUGCCGCCCAUGACUAUCAACUUGCACCAAUCUAUUGGCCUGAGGAGUAUCGAGAAUUCUCUGAGCCACCACACGACAUCAUACAUCACAUUGGUUUCCUGGCAUCUGACAACAACUUUGCAAGGUCUCCAGUAUAUGAGAUCAAGCCCAGUAGCUCUGGAUUUCUCGAAGAUGUUCAUCCACCAUUUUGCGGGCCCAGCCCACAAGGUCUUCUAUGUCCCAUCUGGGUGCUCGAACGGCUAAACGGGAUUCCGUUCAACCCUGCACAAUUCCCAAAUGGUUUCCUGCCUCCUGUUCCCCCCAUUUCUGUUGGAAUUCCCGCUUGGGACGCCUUUGGUCCAUUCACUCAGCAAUCGUUAUCUUUCUCUGACAUGUUGCUCCCACUGUCCAUGGAUUUUGAUAAUGAUCAUACUGUUGAUCUCACUGUCGCAUCUACGGCAGAUGACAUGUUCGAAUCUGCUUUGGAUGACUAUGACAGCAGCCUCUUCAGCAACGUGAUCAUCGCUGACGGGGCAGAUCUCCCUCAUGAAGAACUUCAUUGGAGGCUGACGCUUAGGGACGAUUCGCUUGACGGCAAUCAGAAAAAAUCACUCAGACUUGCAUUGCUGACGUCACCUUGGGGGCGCCCGAUCAAGUUGGCAAAAUAUCUUUAUGUGGGUCACAUAUUGAUUGGGACACCCACCAAUACAUUCUCUAUGUGUGAAGUGGAAUGCAGGCACUUGAUCACCACCAGCUUAUUGAGAGCCCUCCAUCUUGACCUCAAAACAUACGAAGAAAUUCGUGAAAUACCUUUGACAGUCAUGAACAGUUUCGGGAGUGAGGCUCGCAUAUAUUGGUCCCAGUUAAGAACCAGGUUCUUAGAUCACCCCAUAGAUUUUACCUUCGAGCUGAGGAAAGUUGUGAGGGGUGGGACGACUCCAGACACCAAAUUUGGGGACAGCACGGAGCAGGAGGCUGAAAUCAAACUUCUCAUCAUCGAUUUGAUGAACUCUGGUGACGAAAAUAUGAUUCGAGAAGCUAUCUGCAAGCUUAUAGUCACUCAAGGGUUCCGGGAAAUCCUCUGGGCCACAUUAUACAGACCCAUUGCUGACUUUCCUCAAGGCCAAGCGCGAUUGGCGGAUCUUUACCCCAAAGCCAUCCAAACCUUGAUGGGUUAUCUAGGAAAGGGUAUCGUGGGCAUACUUGUUGCUCUCAUGUAUCAGUCAUUCAUACCGUCUCACGCAGAAAAGACAUAUUUAAAGAUGCUAGAAUUAUACCCUCGCAUUAUGGCUGCCCUAGAUGUGAUGUAUACGCAUCCACACCGUUUCGACACUUUCUUCGAUGCAGUCCUGAAGCUCCCUCACAUACGGGAAGAAAAUGUCUUGUCUAUUGAUCCCAAGACCCGCCAUGCGAGACUAAUCCUGGACCCCAUCACGAAUUUGAAGCAGAUGAAGAUGAUGGAUGAUGUCAGGGAUAUAGUUGUCGAACCGUCUCAUGAUGAAUUGACAGUCCCUUAUGCACAAUUCAGGCUUCCGCAUUCGUUCAAGUCUGUGCAUAACACCAUAUUGGUCAUUUUGCAGAUGACAGUGUUGGUAUCCCAACAGCGAUCUGUGGCACUGUCUGAUAGUAGUAUUGGUACCUGGCCGAUGCAAUUGCCCCGCUACGCCGAGGUGGUAUUACUUACGGAUGAUGCAUAUGAAGAUAACCUGGUCCACAAGAAGCAAAUAAGUGAUCCACUGCCCUCAGUGUACGGAGACUGGCAGGAGUUGGUUCAUCCAUUGGGUGGUACGUAUUUCUAUAAUCUCAAACAGAACAUGUAUACUCUGACAAACCUAAGGGACUAUCGGAAUUUACAGACACUCGAUGAGUUUGUAAAUGCAUCGCGAGCUGCGGCGAAAGAAGAUGCAUGGACGUUGGUUGUUCAGCCAAUGAUCUUUAUGGGAGAAGAGAGAUUUCAAUACUACUAUGUAGUCCCCGGCAGCCGCAUUAUUACCUGGCUAGAGGACCUGGAUGGCUACAUUCUCUUUUGA